AUGAAAUAUCAAUUCAUCAUUUUUCUAAAGUUCGAACAUGAAAUUCAAUUACGAGUUUCGGCAUCGUUUUUAUUACCAUUUAUGACAAACGAACAUUUCAAUUUUUUCGUUCAUCGAUUUGUUGUUAUAUUUGAUUCUAGCAACUGCUUGGUUGGCGGUUGUGGAGGUGGCCUCUGCUGCUCGGCAUAUGGCUAUUGUGGUACGGGUGCUGAGUACUGCGGUGCAGUGGCGGGUGGUUGCGGAACCUAUGGCUGUCCAGGAGGACAAUGCUGUUCGCAAUUCGGCUAUUGUGGCACCACGGCACAACACUGUGGUGGCGGUCCUGCCAUCAAUCCCGGUAGUGGUCAAUGCGGGGGCACUGGUUGUCCAGCAGGAGCGUGUUGUUCUGCACAUGGAUUUUGUGGAAACACUGCUGCCCAUUGCGGAGGAACCGGCUAUGGUAAUUGUGGUCAAACUGGUUGUGGCGCUGGUCUCUGUUGCUCGCGACAUGGAUAUUGUGGUCCAUAUGCUACUCACUGCUCUUUCGCCAAGUUCUUAUCCAGAAAGGAGCCAGCUUCACUUGAAGGCGAAUUCCAUGGAGAAGCGACGUAUUACAAUGAGACCAUGGCUGGUUCGGAGUACAGCACUUGUGGUACAAGUCGAGCUCGUUCAUUGGAUGAAAGCGAUGAAAAAAUCUACACGGCUGCUCUCAAUGAAGUUCAAUUUGAUCCAUACACUGUCGAAGGUAUUCCAAGUACCAAUCCGAUCUGUCAAAAGAAAGCUAUUGUUAAGGGUGCCAAAGGUGAAAUAGUGGUACGAUUUGUUGAUCGCUGUCGCGAUUGUAAAAAUGGUAAAAGCAUUCGACUUCAUAAUAUUGAUAAUUUUACUGGAUUCUUCUAG